AUGGCAUCUAAACCAGUAGAUACCAAGACGACACUUCGUCAGUUGAUGAAACAAGAAAAACAAAAGAGAAUUGAUUCACCAUUAGCGAAAUAUACAAAUACAGGUCAAUUGUAUUGUGCAUUAUGUAAUCAACAAUUAACUAGUGAAACAUUUUGGAAAGCUCAUGUUAAUGGACGAGAUCAUAAACAAAAAUUAAUUGAACUUAAAUCAAAUAUUAAACAAUCCAAUAGCGAAUCAGUUUUUGCUAAACCAUUCCCUCCACCUUCAACUACAACUCAACAACGAGGUAUUAAACGUUCUCAUGAUGUAGCCACAUCAAGCGAUAAUGUAAUUGUUAGCAAACCAUCAAGUACUGUUUCUUCAUCAACAACAACAGCUCAACAUUCAGCAUUACCUGCCGAUUUUUUCGAUUCUGAUUCAUCGAAAUCACAAAUAAAUACUAAUAAACCAACUACAAAAUCAUCAUCAUCAUCAUCAUCAUCAACAACAGCAGUGACAAAUAAUGUUACAUCGUCCGAUGAAUCUUCUGCUUUACCUGAAGGAUUUUUUGAUGAUCCACAUAUAGAUGCACGUAUGAGAAAAGUUGAAUAUGUUGAUAAAAUGGAAGUUGAAUGGGAUGCAUUUACACGUGAAAUGAAACAACAAACAAAUAUAUCAGAAAAAUUAGAAGCCAAUGAUGAUAAUGAACGUGAUGUUGAACGAGAAAUAAUUGAAACAGAUGAAUUAAUUACACGAUGGCAAAAAAUUGAACAAAUGCAUGAUUUAAAAGAUAAUCGAUUUAAAGUAAUAAAAGAAGGUAUAAAAAAUUCUAAAAAACAAACAAUCAAUGAAAAUGACGAUGAUGAUGAUGAUGAUGAAGAUUUAGAAAAAGAAUUACAAGGCAUGUAUAAUUGGCGACAGAAACGUUCUUGA